UGGGCGCUUGGGUUCUGCCAUUCCUAAAUCCCAAUUUCCUAUCUCCCUCUUCCCUCUUCCCUCUUCGCCUCUUCCCUUCCCAAGUUCGCAGUUCGCAAGUCGUAAGUUCGCUGGCAGCUGGCACUCCCUGACUCCCAGUCCCAGUUCCCUUCAGCUUCACCUUCGCUUCCUAGUUCCCUUCCUACCUCGCAGUUCGCACACAGUCGGCGACGGCGAGAUCAAACCUCCUGUUCCAGAUCAGCAGAUCCAGUCUUCCUCUUCGGACUUCGGCUUCCACCUUCCCAACUUCGCUGCUCGCACUCUCGCAGACUCGCAGUACUCCUUCGGACCUUCCGUCCUUCAGGCAUACAACACCAUCCUGCUAUCAUGAAGAACUUACCCUUUCCCCCCGGGGACUUGGAAGGGAGAGAUGCUCCACCUUGUCACUACACCUUCAAAAUCCAAUCCUUCUCAAUGCUUUCAGCAGCUUCAGUAGAAAAGGUCUGUUCAGAAAAGUUUGAAGCAGGGGAUUACAAGUGGAAAUUGAUUAUCUACCCAAAGGGGGACAAGAGCAGAGAUGGCCAAGGUCAUGUCUCGAUCUACCUGGCGUUAGUUGACACAAACACUCUCCCGGCUGGUUGGGAGGUUAAUGUAAUUUUCAAACUAUUCGUGUUUAAUGAUGAUGUGGACCAGUAUUUCUAUAACAAAGAUGAAAGCGCAACACGUUUCCAUGCAAUGAAAACCGAACGGGGCUUCCCCAGAUUCAUCGAACUUCCUAAUUUCACCAAUAGUUCAAAUGGAUUUCUUGUAAAUGACACUUGCGUCUUUGGGGCAGAGGUGUUUGUUCUCAAACAAACGCACAAAGGGGAGUGUUUAUCAAUGAUAAAAAAACCUGCUUCUUUUAACUACACUUGGAAGAUAGAAAAUUUUACAGGUUUGAUGUGUGAUCGGCACGAAUCCGAAUCAUUCAUUGUUGGAGACUACAAAUGGAAGAUUAUGCUCUAUCCUAAUGGAAAUGGGGAAGGCAAGGGCAAUAGCAUUUCUUUGUUCCUUUGUUUAGAAGAUACAAUUACUCCAGCUGAUACUAAAUUGUUUGUGAAAUUCAUCCUUCGCCUACUCAACCAAACCGGGAAAGAAGACUAUAAAUUUGAAACGGAUAAUCUUUUCAGUUCUUCCUGCCUGGUUUGGGGCUCCCAGAAGUUCAUAUCACUGGCUAAACUCAAAGACCCAAAAAAUUGCUUCUUAUUGUGGAACUCCUGCAUCAUUGUAGCAGAGCUAAAAUUGCUUGGAUCACUAAGUGCAGUAUCAUGAAUAAUUUGUCAGCUUCUACUGUUGUAUUGGUCAAUCUGACUGUGACAUCUAAUAUGGCAAGUUAGUUUGAAUGUAAAUGUGAUAUACCUUAAAGCAUUUGAAUGUGAUAUCCAUCAAACAAUACUUGGACAUACUGCUUCCCUGACCUUUGGUUUGAAUGCCAAGAAUAAAAAAAAAAAAACACCAUUUGUUGUA